CUAAUAAUUAUGAUUAUUUUAACAGCAUUAUUCAACCAAGCAGUGCCAAUUUCCUUGAACGAAAGUUACUGUGGCCCAUGUCCUAAAAACUGGCUAUGUUACGGAAACAACUGCUACAAAUUUUUUAAUGAGAGCAAGAACUGGUUUCAGAGCCAAGCUUCCUGCGUGUCUCAAAAUUCUAGUCUCCUGAAGAUAUACAGCCAAGAGGACCAGGAUAUCUUUAAAUUGCUAAAGGCCUACCAUUGGAUGGGACUAAAAAAGAAUUCCACAAAUGAAACCUGGCAGUGGGAAGAUGGCUCCAUUCUCUCUCCUGAUCAGUUGACUCUAUUACAGAUGCAGGCAGGCGAGUGUGCACUUUACGGUUCAAGUUUUCAAGGUUACACAGAGAACUGUUUAACUCCAAACACAUACAUCUGCAUGCAGAGGAUUGUGUGAAGAGUUUAUUUAUAAAAUAUAAAGGAUUUCAAAAUAAAAACGCCAUUCUCUGACUUUCUUCAUGAAGAAAACUCCCAGAAGAAAAUGCCACCAAUAUUUAUUAUAUAUUUUUUCAUCUAACAUGCCACAAACCUUAUA